UAAUGGCAUCUGAUUCAAAUGCUCCUAGUGGCUCCUCUGGCAGUGGUAGAAAAGAUCCAGUAUGGAAAUAUAACACACUGCCAGAUCCAAAGGACAUAAACUCUUUAAAAUGUAAUUUUUGUGGAAAAAUAACGAAAGGAGGGGUUUACCGAGCUAAACAACACCUUGUUGGAGGGUAUAGGAAUGCCAAAGUUUGUCCAAAAUGUCCUUCACAUGUUAAAGAAGAAAUUAGAGAGUAUAUGUUGAAAAAGCUAGAAGAGAAGAACAAUAGUGAUGUUAUACCAGAUUUUGAUGACAUUGAUACCCUUGGAGAUGAUGAUGAUGAAGUGGUUUUUGAAAGAGGUGUUAAAAGGCCUGUGUCUUCAAGUUCAAGUCAAUGUUUAACUAUGCAACAAAAAAAGCAAAGGAUGAAAGGGCCUUUGGAUUUGCUUGUGCCUCCUAAACCUAAGUGAGCACUGGGAAGCAAACAACAAUGGAGACCCAUGUCAAUAAAGAAUUGAGGGAGAAUGCUUGUGUUUGGUUUUCAAGAUGGAUGUAUGAAGCUGGCUUGUCUUUCAAUGCAGUCAAGUAUCCAAGUUUUAAGCCAAUGAUUGAGGCUAUUGGUCGAGCUUGUCCAGGCAUGAAACCUCCUAGUUAUCAUGAGGUGAGAGUUCCUUAUCUUAAGAAGGAGUUGGUACACACAAAUGAAAUUAUGAAGAGUCAUAAGGAGGAUUGGCCCAAAUAUGGAUGUUCCCUUAUGUGUGAUGGUUGGAAGGAUAAGAGAGAGAGAUCUUUGCUUAACAUUUUGGUAAAUUGUCCAAAGGGAAGCAUGUUCAUUAGAUUCGUUGAUACUUCCUCAUAUGCCAAGGAUGCUGUUAAAAUAUUUCAAUUACUCGACUGGUUUGUAGAGGAAGUAGGUGAUGCAAAUGUGGUUCAAGUUGUCACUGAUAAUGCCUCGGCUAAUGUUUUAGCUGGAGACUUCUUAAUGGCUAAGCGAAAGCACUUAUAUUGGACACCAUGUGCUGCCCAUUGCUUAGACCUAAUGUUAGAAGAUAUUUUUAAACUUCCUAUAUUGAAGAAGACUUUUCAAAAAGCAUGUGCAGUAAAUGGAUUCUUGUAUAGCUCUACACAAGUGUUGAAUAUGAUGAGAACAUUCACAAAUAAGAGAGAGAUGCUAAGACCUGGGAAAACAAGAUUUGCCACAGCUUUCUUCACCCUUUCAAGACUUCAUAAACAAAAAGCCAACUUGAGGAAGAUGUUCACUUUAGAAGAGUGGACUAACUCUAAAUUUGCAAGAGAAGCAUGGGGUAAGAUCGCAUCUCAAACAGUGUUACAAGAUUCAUUUUGGAAAAAUGUUCUUUAUGCUCUCAAGGUGUUAGGGCCACUUGUCAAGGUGCUUAGAGUGGUAGACAAUGAGGAUAAGCCUGGUAUGCCUUAUAUUUAUGAGGUUAUGGAUAGGGCAAAAGAAGCCAUUGUAAAAUCUUUUGGUGAUGAAAGAAAAUACAAGCAAAUAUUUGAAAUCAUUGAUGGGAGGUGGAAUAUUCAAUUGCAUCGUCUUCUACGUGCAACCGGAUAUUACUUGAAUCCAGAAUUUUUUUAUUCAAAUGCAAGCAUUGGAGAAGAUCAAGAGAUUAUUGAUGGGUUGUAUCAAACCAUAGAGAGGUUGGUUCCCACUGCAGAGGUGCAAGACAAAAUUUCUAAAGAGCUAAGCUUGUAUAAAAAUGCUGAAGGGAUAUUUGGAAAACAAAUAUGCAUAAGAGGAAGGAAUCAAUUGUCACCAGGUAAUAUGGUUUUUUAAUUAAUAAUCUAAGUAAGUCUAAUCAUUAGUCUAGAACUAGCAAUUUUCAAUUACUGAUUAUGGUAUAUUUUUUCCUAGUUGAAUGGUGGUCUCAAUUUGGUACUGCAACCCCUAAUUUGCAAAAGUUUGCCAUCAAGAUAUGUAGCCUCAUUUGUAGCUCUUCAGGUUGUGAAAGGAAUUGGAGUGUCUUUGAGCAUAUAAGAGUGUUUUAUCUUAUUCUUAAUAUUCACCACUAAAGGUGUAUGAUUUCUUAUUUCUUUAACUUACUGAUUCUAAUUUAAUUAUGACAGCUUCAUAACAAAAAGAGAAAUGGAUUGUAGCAACAAUGUCUCAAUGAUUUGGUAUUUGUCAAGUAUAAUAGAGCUUUAAGACGUCGUUUCAGUUUGCGUAAAUCAAUUGAUCCAAUUUCUUUAGAUGAAGUUGAUGAAAGUAAUGAGUGGUUGCUUGGGGCAAUUGAUAAAUUUGGAGAGUCAGAUGAUGAGCUGGUACAUAAAGAUCAUGAUUUGACAUGGGCUGAUGUUGCUAUGGCAUCUGGUGUUGAAGAAGCUAAUCACUCAACUAGAUCAAAAGCGACUUCAACUUCAAAUUUGACAAGGGGGAGGGGGACAAAGGCAUCAACUUCAAAUGCUCCAAUGGAUCUUGACGAGGAAGAAGAAGAUGGAGAGGGAGAUGACGUAGAAGAAGAUAUUGGAGAUGAUAGUUCUGAUGAUGAAAAUAUGGAUACAUUUAAUCUUGAUGAUGAUGAUGAUUUCUAGUUUAUUAUGUAUAUCUAGUUAAUCCUAAUUAAAAUUUAGCCAUUUAGGACCUAUUAAUGGUUUAAGGUUGAUCAUUUAACUUUUUCUUUUAAGUUGACUGUUGACUUAAAGUCUUAAAACUAACAUUUUUUAGUGGGUUUUGCUUAAGUUUAAUAACAUUUUUAGUACUAUUUUGUUGUCUUUUAAUUAUAUAUGUCAAAUACUAAUUUUGUUUUUUAUUUGUGGUGUUUAAAUGUGGAUUCCUUUUUCUGAUUUGUUGAAAUAUGGUGGGAUUUAAUUUGCUGAAAUUUACAGGUAUGUCAUGAAGUAUGUUUAUGUUGUGAUUUAUUUAAUAUAUGUUGAAUUCUUGAAUUUUUUGAUAACAUAAAUGUUGAUAUGUGAUUAGGAUUUAUGUUAUGACUUAUUAAUCAAUUAAGAAGUAUAUUUUUCUUUCUUCUUAGUUAGCAUGCGCCUUGCACAUGCCAGGCGCGCGCCUCACCUUAUGCCUCAGGCUCCAAGACCUUUUGUGUUUUGAGCCGUGCUACAGUGCCCAAAAAAGGUUGACGCACAGAUUUACCGAAAAAUUGUCGGGCGGACUUCAUCACAGAUGAAGUCCGCCCACACUCUGUGGGCGGAUUUCAUCACAGAUGUGUUGAAGUCCGCCCAGUUCACUUUGGCGGAUUUCAUCUAUGUUGAAGUCCUUCCAGUUCACUUCUGCCCAGUUCACUUUGGCGGAUUUCAUCAUAGAUGAAAUCCGCCCGGAUUUUAUUUAAACGUGCGUGCGGUGUUUUCGAGGUAAGGAUAUUUUUGACAUUUGAUAUUUUUAGUCAUCCCAUACGUCAACUAAUUCAGGCAAAGUAGAAUAAUCCUUGCGUUUUAGUGCGCCUUGAGCCUUUAACAACACUGUGCAAAACUACUGAAAGACCCCUUACUGUGAGAUUGGAUAACUGUGGCACUUCCUAGAAUAGCUAUACCAAGACUAGAGAUGAUAACUAUCGGUUUGAGAUGGAGAUAAUUUGGUUUAAAAGAACUAGAAAAUUUCUUUCUGCAUUUGAGCAAGGUUUGUGGAUGAUCAAAGAUGGAACAUAUUUGUGGUCUUGUGCAGCUGAUCCUACUUAGUGGGUAUCAGGACUUGAUAUGUUGUUGUUAUUAUUCAUUUAUUGUGAUUUCUUAUUAUAUACUGCAAAGAAUAUGGAGCUGUACCCAGAUACUGUAUUUCCAUUCAAUAAUACACUGCUUUUAUUAUUUCACUUCCUCAAGAACCCCUUUCUCUUCAAAGUCCCUCUCAAAUGUUUCAGUACGCAUUUCAUCAAAAAUGUAAUAUUUGACUUUAAGUUACAUUUCCUUCAUCUUCAAUGGGUAUAGAGUAAGCUGGUAUUGAAAUCCUA